UGACAUGACAUUCCGUAACGUAAGUGUUUUGCUUGUUGUUUGCAUUGUAAUGUUCAAGUUCAAGCGAUAAAAAGUGAAUUUUAAUUAGCAAAUAAGUAUUGCAGUCUCCGUAGAAUAUUAAAGAAAAUGGCAGCUUCGGAAAAUCAAGAAGGAAUAAUACAAUAUGUGCCGUUCAUGUCUUUUGUGCACCCAUCUUUUUGGCAUAGUCUUACAGAGAUGAAACUCGAUGUUGAUAAAUUGAAUGAGACUACGAAGCAGAUUUGGGGUCGAUUUACCUACCGCAGUACUGUAGGAGCCGUAUUUGAAGUUGAUGGCACGUCGUUUAAUAAAGUUCCGGAAAAUGAACAGUUAUACACAAAUGUUAAGGGUACAAUAAUGAACAAGAAUACUAUAGAAGAGUUCAAAUCUAUUGACAAGGCUGCUCUAUUAAACUCAGUUGGAAAGGAGCUGUGGGCUAGUCUUAAAGACAAAUCAUGGAUUACUAAACCAAGCAGUUUAUUGAAGUUCAUCAUAUUGUCUUUUGCUGAUCUCAAAAAAUUCCACUACUAUUACUGGUUUGCAUUCCCCGCUCCUAGUCAGCCCACCGUGUAUGUAAAGGACAAGAGUGCCAACUUAACAACACACUUUGAUACCAACCAAAUAGCCGAAAUUACACAGAGCUACAAAUCUCUAGAAUUGGACCAAAAAUGCUUCUUUGCUAUUGUUAAGGACAAUGAUACUAUAAAAGUGAAAACUUUGUCAGAACUGUUAGAUUCGAAGGAAGGAUUACAGAAAGAUGUUGAUGUAUCUAGUACUUAUUUUGUUUUUAAUGAUCCGAGUAGUGGAGAUAAUCCCGGAUGGCCAUUACGACUGUUCUUGGCAGCUCUGUUGGAGCAUUGUCCGAGUUUGGUUGGGUCCGAGAUUAAAGUUAUAGGUCUGAGGUGUAGUGCAACUGGUGGUGUAGAAAACAGUCAUUCCUUUACUGUUGUGGUGCCUAAGGAUGUUAAGGCUGUAGAUGCUGCCGGCUGGGUGGGAUGGGAAAGGAAUGAUAAAGGCAAUUUUGGACCUAAGCUUGCCAAUAUGUCAUCUUCUUUAGAUCCUGUAAUAUUGGCUGACACAGCUUCGGAUCUGAAUAUAAAACUAAUGAAAUGGCGUCUAGUGCCAGAUAUAGAUGUUGAUGUAAUGAAAAGUACAAAAUGUUUGUUACUGGGUGCAGGCACCCUCGGCUGUCAUGUCGCUCGGGAUUUAUUGGCGUGGGGAUUCCGUCACAUAACGUUUAUAGACAAUGGAAAGGUAUCUUAUUCUAACCCAACGAGGCAGGUAUUGUUCAGUUUCCAAGAUUGCCUCCAUGGUGGAAAAAAGAAAGCUGAAGCGGCUGCUGAUGGUCUGAAGAAUAUACUGCCAACUGCUGUGAGCAAAGGUAUAGCAGCGCACAUUCCAAUGCCUGGGCAUCCAGUAGGCGAGUCUUUGAAGGAUGAGACUAUAAAUAAUAUCAAAAUAAUUACGGAGGCUAUAGCCGAACACGAUGUUAUAUUCCUUCUCUUGGACACAAGGGAGGCACGGUGGCUACCUACGCUUAUAGCUGCUCACUAUGGAAAGAUAGUCAUCAACGCGGCUCUAGGUUUCGACAGCUACCUAGUAAUGCGGCAUGGUAAAGCUGGUUCACCUCCAGAAGAAUCAACGUCUGUUGGCACCGCUUGGAUUCCAGGAGGCAGUCUUGGGUGUUACUUCUGUAAUGAUGUUACAGCUCCUGGCAAUUCGUUAAAAGAUCGCACAUUAGAUCAACAAUGUACGGUGACGCGGCCUGGCGUGGCCGCGAUAGCAGGUGCUCUGGCUGUAGAGAUCCUAGUCGGAUUAUUACAACAUCCUCUGAGAAUAAACGCCCCAGCAUUAUACACCUUAAACAGCGAUACGGAGGACAUACCACUAGAGCUGCAAGGAGUCCUCGGUCCAAUACCUCAUUCCAUCAGAGGUUUCCUCCACUCAUACCAAACGGUAGCACCAACCUGUGCCAAGUUCAAACAGUGCAUAGCAUGCUCUGAAACCGUGGUAAAUAAGUACAAAGAAGAAGGCAUAACAUUCCUACUCGAUGUAUUCAAUAGUGGUAACUAUUUGGAAGAAGUUACCGGAUUAAAUGAACUGCAUUUGACUGCGGAGAUGACUGAUAUACUGACAUUUUCGGAUGAAGAUGAAGAUUAAAAUAAUAUAAUUCAAAGUUAUAAAUGUUUGUAUUUGAAAUCUCUUUUUAUGCUGAAUUAAUCAUGCAUUUAUUCGAAGUAUUAAGAUUCUAUGCAAGCUUUUAUGUGUCAAAAUUAUAAUUGUAAUUAGAUGAUAUUUAUAAAUGAACUAUACAUUCAAUAUAGCACAAAAGCGCAGCUUUGUAUGUUGUGAUAUUUAUCUUUAGGUGAAUUUAUUAAAUAAAACAGUUUUGUAAACAUCUAAA